AUGGUUAAUUCUACGUCAGGAACGGAUACCAAAGUUCAGGAAACAAUCAAUGUUACUGCUGCUGUCAACACGACGGACACUCCCAAAAAAAAAAUCCCUGCCCCUAUCCCUGAUGUCAAUGUCUGGCAGUUGAAAAAGCAACCCGUUACAAAGGCUCAAAACACGGCUCUUGAUACUUCCUGGCCAGAACCAAAAGAAACUGUUUUUAUUCAGCAAAAUGGACACCAAGACGAUCUAGUGGAAAACACCAUUAUAAACAAAGCUGUCAAUAAGAAAAGUCAAUGGAAACCUUUCACUCCUACCAUUAUUCAUUCAACUCCUACACCUGGUUCACGAGGAAGAUAUCAUCAUCAAUUUUCGCGUAAUGGUAACAGCAGACGUGCACCAUUCAGUGAUAGACACAGCCAUCAUCAGAAUCAUCAUCCAUUAGCAACUCAAGAGGGCCAAUAUAAUAAUCGCCCUUCUAAAUCCUCUUCUACUCCAUUAUCAAAUUCCUCUACUUCUUCAGCACCGAGCAAUGGUGUUAUUGCUAAAGAAGCUGAAACCACACCGACAGCAACUGCAAUAUCAGCAUCUGUGAGUGAUAACAGUAAGAAUAAUAACGACAUUGCGAAGAAAGAAGAAAAUACUGCGCCUUCCAACGCAACAAAUGCAGUAGCAAAUACCAAUGAUACUAUGACUUCUUCCAACACUGACAGCGCUACUAAUACCAUGAAUACCAGCCCCAACGCUUCCACACCUACCACUGCCGCACCCUCCACCUCUAACACUAGCAUCGAACAACCAAAGCAACCUUUUCACCGAAACCCUGCUGCUACUGCUAAUAACUAUAGACAAUAUCAUCAUUCAUCUCAUUACAAUCAUCAUCAGCAAUUCCAAUACAAUAAUACACGCGGCGGUUUCAAUACAGGUAUGAUGAGACGUUCGUACUCUAAUCUACGCGUCAAUCACACCAAUGGCAACCGUCACCAUAUCAACAACAACCACUACAAUAGCCAUUCCCAUCGUCAUUUUCCCAUGACACCUCGUCCUAACCCUUCCGCCUACCUCAACGUAGACCCCGAAAUAUUAAAAUCUUAUAUCUGUCAGCAAAUUGAAUACUAUUUCAGCAUCGAUAAUCUCUGUAAAGAUGUCUAUCUUCGUAGUCAAAUGGAUUCAGAAGGUUACGUACCAUUGAACUUAAUUGCUGGAUUUAACCGUGUGAGAGGAUUAACAGCUGAUUAUAACCUUGUACGAGAGUCGUUGGCCUUAUCAAAAAUAUUGCAAGUGAAGAAAGUAGGCGGUGAUAGUGAAGAAGGAAAUGAAGAGAAGGAUAUGGGAAAGGAUAUGUCAGAAACAACAAAUUCAAAGAAAAGACAGCACAAGAGAGACAGUAGUCCACUGUUUAUACGUAAGAAAGAGGGUUGGGAAACAUGGGUUUUACCAGCGGUUGGUGCUGGUGCUAAUGUUGUUUCUCCUUCUGCUGGAGUAACAAGGACAACAAGCACAGUUAUAGCACCUAAACCAAAUCAGCAGACGUCUACUGUCCCUGCAGAUACUCGCAAGAGUCCGACUUCAAACCAUGUGGAACAGAAAAAAGAAACCCGCAAGGAUGAUGAAGAAUUAUUUGAGUUUGAUGAAGAGGAUGAAGAUUGGAUCGACGGUUGUCGUCCUGGAACUGUACAGAAAUACUACCUUUCUGAUGAGGAUUCUUCUUCAACAGACGAUGAGGAUUGGGAAAUGGAUGACGAUACCGUAGCACGUAUUAUGAUUGUUACGCAACGCAAGCGAGAUCGUACACAUCAUUCUUUCGAACGCCAUAAAAUGAAUGAUGAAAUUGCUGAAAUGAUCAAUGAAGGUUUGUACGAAUAUGAGCAAGGCCUUUCUUUGAAACACAAGACGAAUGAAAAAUUGGAAAUUAUGGAUGCGGAUCAUUUUGCUGCUGCUACGGGACAUCAGGAAGCUCAUGGGGCUGCUAAUACCAAGAAGGAGAGCGCUAAUAAGAAGAGCAAAUCAGCCAAAAGUAGCAAGAAGAAAAACUCGACUGCUCGUUUUUAUCCUGCUCAACCUGAAUCAGUAUCCCACCUUACGGCUAUUGCUAUUCAAAAACCUGUCAAUAACAAGGACAGUAACACUUUGACGAUUGAGGAAGAAGGAGAUCGAGCACCACAACAUGUGGGUUGGGUGCUCGGAGAUCAGCCCUGCCAUCCUAAUCCCAAUGAUCUACUCUCAACCAGCCUCAGCAAAUCUCCUGCUGCUUCUAGUAUUUUAUCUUCAUCCUACGACACUAUGGCUCGGUCAUUUGGCAGCAGCUUCCAACAUCCAAGCCAUGACUUACUUCGUGAGAAGGGCUUCGUUCAACACAAAUAUCACAAAUAUCAUGCUAAGGCGCUUCGUGAGCGUAAAAAGUUAGGUGUAGGUCAGUCUCAAGAAAUGAACACCCUUUAUCGUUUCUGGUCUCAUUUCCUUCGUGAUCAUACCAACAAGCGUAUGUAUAACGAAUUCAAGCGUCUGGCGGUAGAAGAUGCCAACCAUGGCUAUCGAUAUGGUUUGGAAUGUCUGUUUAGAUUUUAUUCUUAUGGCCUCGAAAGAAAGUUCAGAAAGGACAUGUUUGAUGAUUUUCAAGCGUUGACUUUCAAUGACUACGAACAAGGUUCUUUAUAUGGGUUGGAAAAGUUGUGGGCUUUCGAUUAUUAUCGCAAGUUAAACUCCAAUCAAUCCCAGCAAAAGAAGAAUCAAAAUGGCAAAAAGUCUUCAACGAAGUCAGCUAGUCAAUUGAAAUUGGAUUUUGAUGAUCGUUUGGUUCCUUUGCUUGAGAGAUACAAAACGAUAGAAGAUUUCAGAAAAGCUAAUCCUCCUAAAAAAAUUGUUGGUGCUUCUUAUGUUGUUCCGUACAGCAAUAACAGUUCUAAUGUAAGUUUUUAA